ACACCUCUGCAGCCGAGCUGUCAGCAGCGAAUUGUCAAGCUAAAGGAUGAUGGAAAACGAGCUAUUUAUGAAGUUACGCUGUGGGAGAAGCCAUGGGAGAACUUCGAGCAAUUCAACGUCAAAAAAGUGAGAACUCUUGCUGCAGGAGAGCAAGCAAAGAGCACAUUUUUCGCGGAUGUGUGGAGUCUGACGAGACUAUAA